AUGUUUAAUUCAUUCUUUAAGAGAAAACGUACUGAACCCGAAGAGCCAAGUGGGGAAAAUGAAAACACAGAUGGAGCAAAUUCGAAGGGAAUAAAUAACCAUGAUGAUGGCAGAGAGGGUUAUGCGAUGCAGGAUGAUGGACCCUCUGAUGGGGAUAGGAAAAGGAAACAACAAAAGGGAAGAGAAGAUAACGACGAGGGGGAAUACAUUCACGACAGACGGAAUGAUAUUUUUCAUAAAAAAAGGAAGGACGGCCAACCGAAUGCUUCUCUUGGUAGGAUAGACGAUGUUAUGGGUGUGGAGAGGAGCUCGAGAUCGUGCUCUAAAUCGGAAAGGAGUCGAGACGCGCAUAGGCGAAAGCGCAGGAGGAGUAGAAGCAGCAGCGAGAGAAGCCGAAAUAGAAGUCUAAGUAGAAGCAGAAGUCGACACAGGAAGAGACACAGAAGCCGAGACAGACACAAGCACCGACAAAGACAUCGGCACAGGAGCAGGAGCGGAGGCAAAGAGAGCGACCGAAGCAGCGACGGCGAGAGGGGAAGAGACCGAGACAGAGAUAGGCAUAGACACAAGCACAGACAUAGGGACAGACACAGAGAUCACGACAGAGAUCGCGAAAGGGAUAGAGAUAGAGACCGCGAACGUGAGCGUGACCGGGAGCGCAACCGCGACAGGCACAGACACAGGCACCGCAGUCGAAGCCGAAGCCGCAGUAGGCACAGGCGCAGGGAUAGGGACGGGAGCACGAAAAGACACUCCAGUGGGAGGCACGACAGAAGUAGCAUAGGCAGUGCAGCGAAGUCUGAAAAUCAAGAGAGGCGUGUCAGGAGGAACAACUCCCCCGGCAUUGACAGCAUAGAUGACAGAUACAAUGAUGUAUCAAAACGGAGUGGCAGAUACACACAUAAUGAUGAUAACCCAUCUGGGGAAUACAAUUUAAAGGACACAGUUAACCAUCAUGGUAACACAAACGAUAAACGUUCUGGAGCACAAGAGCACUUAAAGGAUAAUAGAAAAUACAGUGACUCCUCUGAUGAGGAUAAGGAGGAAGAUUUAUCCGAAGGGGAAUUGUUAAAAAGAGUUAUGGGCAUAAGUGAAUUCAGCACGACAGACAACAAAUGUCACAACGAGACAGAUUUGUCUGGCGUUAAUAGAAGGACGAAAAGGAAGUAUCGCCAGUAUAUGAACAGGCGGGGUGGCUUCAACAGACCCCUGUCUCCCGCCUUUUAG